CACGAGGAGCGCGCCAUUAUUGCGUAGUAGUAAACAAACGUGAACUGCUGUGUUUAUGUUUACCCGAGUGCGCGGUGUGUUUCGUGUAUUUCCUUGUCAAAUUUCACUUCAAAGUGUCGUCAAAUUUAGCCGGUCGACCAUGGAGAAGGAGAGGAAAAUCUAUAAGAUCGUCCUGACUGGAGGACCUUGUGGUGGCAAGACCACCGGGCAGGCCCGCCUGGCGACGUUCUUUGAGAACCUUGGCUACAAGGUUUACAUGGUGGGUGAAAUGGCUACCUAUCUACUCUCCGGAGGAGUGAAAUUUUCCGAUCUGAACGAGGAAGCCAGUUACUUUUUCCAAGUCAACCUUUUGAAGACCUUGCUUCAGGCCGAGGAGACGUUCUUCACGCUGGCCGAGUACUGCCCAAAGAAAUGCCUCGUCAUCUGCGACCGCGGUGCCAUGGACCCCACCGCCUAUCUUGGUGAGGGCCAGUGGGAUCAGAUGAGAAAAGAGUACGGCUUUGACAAUGUUGCCUUGCGUGACAAACGAUACGAUCAGGUCAUUCACAUGGAAACCGCGGCCAAUGGAGCAGAGGAGUUUUACACCGGUCUCCAAGGCAACAUCACACGAAAUGAGAGCUGUGCUUUCGCCAUCAAGCAGGACAAUAAGACCAAGCAGGCCUGGGUCGGUCAUCCGUACUUUGACAUCAUCGAUAACUCCACAGACUUUGAGGGGAAGAUCAAACGCAUGAUCUCUACUAUUGCAGAUCGCCUGGGCAUCGCCAUUGGCGAUCGUCUGGCUAAGAACAGCGUCAAGCGCAAGUUUCUGGUUGAGGAGCUCCUUGACGAGAACCUCUUCCCACCAUUUGAGGACUUUGAAGUCAAGCAUGACUACAUGACGACAACCAGUGAUGGGACGAAGGCAAGACUGCGCAAACGUGGCCAGAAUGGUAUGUACACAUACAUGCAAACAAUCUGCAGACCAGAGAUCACCAAUCAAGUUGUGACGACCAGAACACCCAUCACAUCAAAACAGUAUAACCUCCUUCUAGCCCAGCGUGAUCCAACACGGUCACAGAUUGUCAAGAAAAGACGCUGUUUCCUGUGGCAGAACCUGUACUAUCAGAUGGACAUCUACAGAGAACCCCCAAAUGACAGAUGCAAAGGCUUAAUCCUUCUAGAGACCUACACCACCUUACCUGGCAACGAACUUCCACUCCCAGAUUUCCUGAAGAUCAGCAAAGAAGUCACCGGCGAUAAAAACUACUCCAUGUACAACCUUUCCAAGAUCUAAAAAAUAAGGUAUUAAGAUUCCAGAGCGAAUCAUUCACACACCAACAACAUCUCUCCCAACUUUGCCAUUUGUGUUCAUGUUUGCAGUGUACCAAGUACUGGGAGGUAUGGAUUAAAAGAAAGUGUAUUUCAUUGUAACUAUAAUCAAUAUUCAGCAGAGAAAGAAGAGAUGUGUUGCAUGAAUAUAAAAAGCGAUUGGCUUUCAAAAGAACUGGUGGUGGGCUUAAAAUCCAGACUUUUUAAAAUUGGGUUUGAAUUGAACUAUUCGGUUUGGCUUUGGAAACCAGAUAUUCUAACCUUGUAUUAUGUACCCUGCUAUUUUUUUGUGAUGCAAGUUAA